CACACACUCAUUAGAUCUAUAGAGAGUCACUUUUGUCACUUUGAAAUUUGCUUUCUCAACACUUAGACAAGGAUUUUGAAGGAAACUUAAAAAUGAGCGACAACGACAAUACUCAAUAUUUGCAUAAUGAACUUGGUUCUCCAUCAACUUGUGCUACCAAUGAAAAGCUUAAAACUAGAAGUAGAUCGCAGAAAGAAAUUUUGAAGAUUAUGGAAGAAAAUGAAGAUGUUAACAAAGCUCAACAGACACUACCACCAAGCAAUAGCUCUAAGAAGAUUGCAGAAAGGAAAAGGAAAAAAGACCCAUCAAAAAAGGUGUCAACUUCAACAAGGAAGAAAAGAAAAACUUCUAAUGAGAAGAGUAAAGUUGGACAAAAUGAAGUUUCCACACUACAUGUGAACAAAACUAAAGGAAAAUCGAAAUUGGAAUGCAAAUACAAUAAAAAGAAAAUCAAUAAAAAUAGCAAACAUGGACAAGGAGAAGCCCCUCCAACUUACCCGCCUCAACAAUUCAUAGGUCUUUAUAUUUGCAAGGAAUAUAAUGGAGUUAGAAAUUUGGGAACUGUUCUUUCCUAUGAUCCUAAAACAAAGUUAUUCCAAAUUUUGUAUGAUAAUGACAAGACAAAUGAUAUGGAGCUAGCUGAAAUUUUGAAAAGUAAGGCAACUGCGAAAGAUAUAUUUGAGGCUCGACAAACAUUACAAUUAAGCAAUAGUUCUGAGAAGAACACUAAUGAAGAAAUGGAAAAAGCUACAAUAAGUGAAGAGGAAUAAACUCCAAUAAGGAAGAUAAAAAGUGCAUCAAAUUAAAAAGGAAGGUCCAUGGGUUGCUUCCAAGGUUUCGAACAACUAGCAACAAUUAUAUUAUAGAUGACUCUAGAUAAAUAAUCUUAUGUGUUUUUUUGGGUUAGUGUAAGUGCACUUAUAUUUUUUAUGGUAACUAUAUUUGGACACCUAUAUAAUACAAACACU